AUGAUGCUCAAGGCACCCUCCUUCUACUUUCGAGUCAUUAGCAUCCAAGAGACGCCCGAAUCCGUGCCACGGUCGCUGGGCCAAGGUAUCUGGUUUCCUCCUGCACACACUGGCUCAAGCCAGGCCACACUUCCUCAAUGGUUCUACUAUGACGGAACUGCCGUGAUAGCAGCCGCAACUAUCCCUCCGGGCCUUUAUGAAUACGGUACCUAUUCUGUGUACUAUGAUGACAGCAAAUUCUGGGCCGUCCCAUACAACGUACUACAAAUACCGGUUGCCACUGGGGAAAACUACGAUUGGAACCGAGUCAUGUUCAGUCAUGGAGAAGUAGACGGCACUGCCUCACGAGUAACUCUCGGUGGGGAGCAUUGGCAGCUAGGUCCUCAACACCACCAGCAUCAGCAAUGGAUCCGCAUGCUUUUCCCGGAAAACCACCACCCGGAUCCUUCUAUGAACCCGCCAAACUAUAGCAGCUAUGGUGGUCUUUCCGGUGACCUACCUUUGGUCCUUGCCCUUAUAGCUUUCUCCAUUGAACCUCAAUACAUCUACCAUGCUUUCCAGCAUUGCUUGACCAACCAUUCCUGGCAGGCUCACCAAUACCGCCAUGGCCGCCGCAACAAGCGUGGGAUGAUGGUCAGUGUGUAUGCCACUGGCCUUCAGAAUUCUACGCCUCAAAUCCUGAGAUUUUUCGAUAACACCAAGAUCUUCAGUUGA